UCAGGCAGACAGACAGGAGACCACCUCCUUCAGCAGCGCACCAUGAUCCAACUCCGCUGCUGUCCCGGCUGCUGCUUUUGCACGAACUGUCACGGAAUAAAUAAAGUCGUCAGUUUCUGAGAGAAGAGCUGUGAAUGAGACCGCUUUUUUUUAGUAGCAGGAGUGUUACAAUAUAACCCCAUCGCAAGUUCUGCCUGUUCUUCCAGAGGGGGGUUUCCUCUGUGUUCAGCCAUCGGCUCACCUUCAGAAGCCGAACCAUGCGCUCCUGGUUCGCCACCAUCCUCCCCCUCCUGCUUGUCCUCUUCCUUCCCUCUAUCCUCUCCUCAUCCUCACGCCCCCAUUGGAUUCUCCAGCGCGUUCCUGUGGUCCUCCCACAGCACACAGAGAGUCGGCCUGCCCCUCACUUCCUGUCUCCAGCCCGCCUGGAUGUCACCUCAUCCUGUGACCCAGAAUGCCAUAAGAGAGCCCCUCGACCGAGCUACUGGGAUCUGCGGGGUCUUCUGGCCUACGAGACACUCCACUCUGAUGGUCAACUUACUGAGACCGCAAUUGGGAUCUAUGGCUACAACCACAGUUCUAACACUCGUCCGGCUUAUUCCAUGGGGUCAUCUGGGAAGGCCGAGCAGUCACACGUCAGAAGAAAGCGACAGAUCUUUGGUCAUGAUGGGCGUUUUAGCAUUGCAGGGCAGAACUUCCUGCUUAAAUAUCCUUUCUCAGUGGCUGUCAAACUGUCCACCGGGUGCACUGGUACCUUGGUGGGGGACCGCCAUGUUCUCACAGCUGCUCAUUGUGUUCAUGAUGGUAAAAACUAUGUGAAAGGAGCCCAGAAGCUUCGUGUUGGGUUUUUAAAACCCAAGCAGCGAGAAACACAGUCGUCUACCCUCUACCCCUCCAACUUCACCAAUCAUGUUGAAGGUGGCCCUGCUCCGUACGCCCCACCAACCAAUGACAAAAUGAAGUUCCAGUGGAUCAGAGUCAAGCGCACCCAUGUUCCCAAAGGAUGGAUUAAAGGGAAUGCCAAUGACAUUGGGAUGGACUAUGACUAUGCUCUGCUUGAACUCAAGAAACCCCACAAACGCCGCCACAUGAAGCUGGGUGUCAGCCCUCCGGCUCAGAGGCUGCCUGGUCAUCGAGUCCAUUUCUCAGGAUUUGACAAUGACCGCCCCGGCAAGCUGGUGUAUCGGUUCUGUCAGGCAGGUGAGGAAACAUCAGACCUGCUGUACCAGCACUGUGACGCUCAGCCUGGUGCCAGCGGGUCAGGAGUCUACGCCCGGAUGUGGGACGGGCGGCGCCGGCGCUGGGAGCGAAAGGUGAUAGGUGUGUUUUCUGGGCAUCAGUGGGUAGAGCGACAAGGAGCGUCUCAGGAAUUUAAUGUAGCAGUAAGAAUCACGCCUCUCAAAUAUGCUCAGAUCUGCUACUGGAUAAAAGGUAACUUUGUGGACUGCCGGGAAGGGUGAGGAAAAGGUGGAGAGUUAACGUGACACAGGAGUGAAGCUAGGAACCUCAUACUGAGGCUGCAAGAAUCAACACUUUUCAACCUGCUUCUUAUGACAUAACACAACAUAAAUGUUUAAAUUUUGUGCUGCUCCCAUUAACAGAAACAGAAGUAAUGUAAAUACCGAUCUUACAGAAACAAAUCCAGUAAUGACACCAUAUAAAACAGGUCAAGUGUGUUCAUUUACAGUUUUGCAUUUUCACCUACACAUUUCUAAAGCAUGAUAACAUUCAUGUUAACUGGGGAAACAUUUGGGAUACAUGGUUUUUGCAGAGCAGAGACAAGCUAAUCUGCGUCUUGGAACAUGAAGUUAUCUGGAAGUCCCUCAAAUCCGGAACAAGGACAGAUGUUUUAAGAUCUCCUUGGACCAAGCCCCAAGGAGCAGGACUGGGAGAACAGUUUCAUUAUGCAUUAUAGCCUUUCUAUUGUGCUAAUACUGAAGAUUGCACUGUUAUAACUCUUGGAGAACUUUUUCUACUGAUAAUGAUUUUUGUGGAUGAAUGUACAAGUCAGCUACCAAAGGUGCCAAUUGUUUCUGUCCACACCAUCAUGUAUCUCCUCUCAGUGGACACAUUAGUUACCUACAAGCAUGAUGUAUUAUGUCAGCUAAAUUAAAACCGUUUUUUGCAAACUAUUCCAUUUGUUACACAGACUGAUGUUGAAGGACAACAGACUAGUUUUGCCAAGGCUGCAAUUACUUCUUCAAUUGAACACAUUUUGUUGAAUGUUACUUUAAUGCUUAGCACCCUCUGGUGGGAAUGAUAAAACAUUGCAGGUGUCUGCAAUGAGCAUUUAUGCCAACAUAGCCUAGGCCUCCUCCAUAUGCACUUUUUACCUUCUCCUUGAUUAACUUCUGUGCAAUUGCAUUAUUUGUUUCAAGUUGAAGACAAAUUUAAUGAAAUAUAUGCUUUGAAAUAA